AUGCACGUGCGGAAACCCGUGCUUUACCCAGACAUUAAUUACUCACCUGACCCGAGUCCUGACAAUCACAGCGAGAGUGAACGUGAGCACAAAAAGGCGCUCAGCACUAAGCUAAAGUCUACGGGGCCCUCAAGUUCUGGGAGCUUUGGCAUGACGACCCCCAGAACGCCGGCGGGAAAAAUUGUUCUGGUGUUCUACGGAUUCUUCGGCUGCGCAGGCGCAAUCCUCUUCUUCAACCUGUUCCUGGAGCGUAUCAUCACCUUCCUGGCUUACAUUCUCCGCGCCAUUCACGAGCGCGGGUUGAGGAAGAAAGGGCUGCUGGGCAGACGACGGUCGAGUCAAGGAUCGGAGGAUGAGCAGUUGGAUUCGUGGAAGCCGUCGGUGUACUGGGUGAUGUUGAUACUGAUGUUGGGGGCGCUGGUGGUGGCGUUCAUCGCCUCGGGGAUGUACUACCCCGUGGAAGAGUGGACUUACUGGGAGGCGAUGUACUUCUGUUUCGUCGCCUUCGCUACCAUAGGGUUCGGUGAUUACGUUGUUAGCCAAAAAUCCGACUACCCGCAUGUGGUACUGUACAGGUUGGGGAAUUUCGUCUUCAUCGUGUUGGGGUGUUGCUGUAUCUACAGUUUGUUCAACGUCACGUCCAUCGUCAUUAAACAAGUCCUGAACUGGAUGCUGCGGAAAUUAAACUGCGAAUGCCGAAUCCGGAAACCGCCGUUGGUCCGAAGAAAUGCGAUUACCCCCGGGCAUCUUCAGAAAAGGGCGUCCGGCGCGGCGGCAGCGGCAUCCGGAAAAUCCGCCCCGACAGUGACGGUUACUGACGCUGACGGGGAUAGCGAUUCCGAGUACCGGAGAAAUUCCGGGGAGAUGAUUUCCAUGAAGGACUUCCUGCAGGCCAACAAGAUCAGCCUGGCCAUGAUGCAAAAACAGCUGUGGGAGACCUCCCAGAGGGCCGGGUCCUACCACAACAACAACAGCGGUUUCCAGGGGGGCGUCGGCCCGUUGGCCAUCCUCAACCGGAAGCUGGGCCAAGAUGAGUACGAUCCGACUAUGUGAUGAAUAUUGGCCCAAUGAAUUAUCAUCCAAGACUUCCAUAAACCUAUCGUGGAUUUGUGUUA